GGAGAGGAGCGGGCAGAGGCCACAGGCUCCCACGCGGGACGAGCAAGCUGAGUAGGGGAGUCUACACAUCAGGGACUCAAGAUGGUCCUGAGCGGGGCGCUGUGCUUCCGAAUGAAGGACUCGGCCUUGAAGGUGCUCUAUCUGCAUGACAACCAGCUUCUGGCCGGAGGGCUGCAGGCGGGGAAGGUGAUUAAAGGUGAGGAGAUCAGUGUUGUUCCCAAUCGGUCACUGGACGCCAGGCUGUCCCCAGUCAUCCUGGGUGUCCAGGGAGGGAGUCAGUGCCUGUGCUGUGGGACAGAGAAGGAACCGACUCUGAAGCUGGAGCCCGUGAAUAUCAUGGAGCUCUACCUGGGUGCCAAGGAGUCCAAGAGCUUCACCUUCUACCGGAGGGACAGGGGACUCACCUCCAGCUUCGAGUCGGCCGCCUACCCGGGCUGGUUCCUGUGCACGGUGCCGGAGGCUGACCAGCCCGUGAGGCUCUCCCAGGUCCCCGAGGACGCGGCCGAAGAUGCGGCCUGGGACUCGCCCAUCACGGACUUCUACUUCCAGCAGUGCGAUUAGGGCCACGUGCCCUCAGCUCCCUGGGCAGCGUCAGCUGGGGCAGGGGGACCUCCCCUGCUCUCAACUCCCCCUGACUUACAGGACGCCCAGCCGCUCUCUCCUCUUCUGACCCCCAUUUGUGUCGAGUCCUCUGCGUUGGGGGUCAGUGCCCAGAUUCACCCCCCACCGGGUGGUCCUGCCGUGGAACCCUAAAACCCCACGUGGGAUAAGCCGUGAGUGACACAAAACCACCGAGUGGGACUCCUUCAUGCUUGGAGGUGCCGGACCCAGUGCCCCAGGUGCCCACGGGAGGCCCUGUCAUCCCCCAGGUGCAGGCCCACAGAUGGUGGGCCACCGUCCACUGCUGGACCAGCCCCUCCCUGGUCCCGGCUCCGUCUGCUGCCUCUUCCAUCUCUACCCUCUUCCUCUGGCCCUGGGCGUGAGAGGGUGGCAUCGAGGAAGUGGCUUCAGCUCAGAAGACAGGGGACGGGCAUGCCAUCCCUUUUAGAAACCCAGGGUACAAAGCGGACCUCCAGUGCUGGUCCUCCUCCCACGGAAGUGUGCUGAGGCACCGUGAGGAGAGCACACUAAGAGUCACGGCUCUUGCAACUUCAUCUGAAUUGAAAAGAAAUACCAGCAUAGACAUUCCUGAAUCAAAACUCUCUGGAAGAGUACACCCCUGGCAGCAGCGUCUGGUGGUGGUGCUGCUAUAGGUGACUUUUCUUUCCAUUUUAACUUUUAAUCUGUUUCCUAAUUUUUCUAUAAUGAAGGCAGGUUACUUAUGUUACAAUCAGAAAGAAGUUAGUCUUGAGGGAAGCAGAAAAGACAUCAUUUCUGACUGUCCUCGGCCACUUCCCUGGAGGGCAAUUCAAGCUGAAUUGAGCUCAGCCGCUCUGGGUUGCAGACACAGGAGCGGAAACCUCCCAGUUAAGCGCCCAGAGGAGGAUGCGAUGGGUUUGUGUGGCUGGAAUCUCCAGGGUAAGGGAGUCACAGGAAAAACCAAAAUCAAAAGGAAAACUAACAAAUGAAAGAGGGAAAAAAAAAACCCAUAUAAUAAAAAAAAAAACAAUUUUAUCAAAGCCAGCCUCAGCAACUUAGUGAGGCCCUAA